AUUAUACGAUCGUGGAGUUAAUUAUAUUAAUAGUCUGUGAUUUUAAUGUCAUUUAACUUAAAAACCACAACUAUGGAUAAUAUUAUCUAUAGCCAUGUUCAAAACCUUGUUCUAAAUUGAAUACUUGUAUCUAUCUCAGUGAAAACGUAUACCUGGCAGUGCUCAAUUUUACAGUAUCAACGUUUUAAAAUAUUAGCACCGAAACAUUGAUAAGGGAGAGUUGUCUGAUCUUAUCAUCCGAGACCGUGAUCACUUAUCAGGACUAUUCUAUUAUGUAAUAUAUUAAUAUUAUAUACAAUUAUAUUAACCAUGUCUGUUGCUUUUUAAUUAAUUUGUUGGAAGUUUUUCAUUAACAAUAUUAUUUUCGUUUAAAUUAUGCUCAAUAUAUUCAAAUUUAAAAAUAUUAUUUACAAAUGAUCAUACUAAGGAGGUACUAUAGUUUGUUCAAAAAGUAAACAUCAUUAUUUUAAACCAUGGGUCGAAAAAGUGGAAAAGCAUCAAAAUUAAAGCGUCACUCAUCUCUGUAAUAUUUCAUGUUUUGUCUUAAGUUAUUUAUAAAUACUAACGUUAAAUUGUAUGCACCAUUUUUAAAUUUCAGUGAUAAUCUAACUGGUAGACCAUAUAGUUUAACAAUCGAUAGGAAUCAAAUGCGUCAAGUUAAUCAAAUUGAUUAUCCACAAAAUGGACAUGAAUACCUUUACAUGGCUAAGUAACUUAAUACAAUUAUAGUACUUGAUUCUUUAAUGUUACUUACACUUUUAAACAUCAAUUAUAUUUUUUGCUUUUACCUAAUUUUUACAUUUUUAAAUAAUUUUAUCGUAUUAUAGAAAAAUGGAUGGCAAUCUACCACCUGUUAUGACAGCUACUAAUAUUGAGCUUCAGCAAUACAUAAACAAGUAUGAAAACAGUGCCCGUGAAUAUAAAGUGGUUAGUAAUAGUAAUUUUUCAAUUACUUCAAUAAGUCUUAAAUUGUAAAAAAACAAAACAUCUAUAUUUCAUUAUAAUAGUGUUCUUAAACUAAAUCACAAUUAAUAAUAGUUAAGAACAUAUGAAUUACAAGUUGUACAUAUAAUAUAAGUAUAUACAUUGUUUAAUACAAAUGUUUUUGCAUUAUGUUCUAUAUCAUACACUGGGUGUUUUUUCAAAAAAAUUUGUUUCCACGAUUUAAGAAACAAGCAACUACAUUUAUAUUUACAUUUCUAUUACUUUUUAUCAUGCUUAUUUUUGUGGGUAAAUAACUAUCUACCUUUGAUUUCCAAUUUUCAAUUGCGUGUUAAAAAUUCUAGACUAUAUUUUCAAAUUUCCUUACACAUGCCAUGAAUGUAUUUUCUUACAUAAUACUUUAAACAUCUCUGCAGUCUUGAAAGGGUCUCUGCACUCAUCUGACUUGCUUGAGGUGAUUUUUUAUAAAGCUUCCUCUUAUAUAACAUCCAUAAUCCCUAUAUGUUUGCCAUUCUAAUUUGUUUUACUUUUCAUGGUUAUAAUCUUCUUCUCCACUUAUUGAAAUAAUGAGUGUUCAACAAUAAAAUAAUCUAUCUGUAUAGUGAUUAUACUUAAUGUUUAAUUUUAUUUGGAUAUAUCAUUAUUUAUUUUUAAAUUUGGACAAAUGAUAAAAUAUUUAUAUUAUUUUGUCAUUACUAAACUAUUGAACUAUUAAGAAUAAUGAAUAUUGUAUGAAAAUUAUAUUUAUUUUGUAGCCAAAACUUGAAUUGCUUAAUAUAAAAAAUAAGAAAAUACUGCCCACAAAAGUUGAAAUAAUGUCAUAUAUUGAACAGUAUGAUAAUUCCAAGAUGAAAAUUCAGGAAAAUCGAAAAUGUAUAAUUUAUCCUCAUGAUUUAUUAGUAUGUUAAUUUAUAAAAUAUUUCUUAAUGGUUAAGAAAAAAAAAACAUAUUAAUCCCUAAUCAUUUUCAGCCCACAAGUAAUUCACCAGCUGUUUGGUUUAAAUUUUUAUUUGGGAGAGAAAUUAAUUCAAUGUCUCCAGUGAAUCCUGUUCAUAAUAUAGAAAAAUCUGCUUUUUUUUUCCAGGUGAUUUACUACAAACAUGUAUUAACAAUAAAAAAAAUAUUCUUAUUUUUUUAAUCUUCUAACGUGUAAUUGAAGUGAUCAUAAAUAAUAUUUUAUGUACAAAUUUUUAGAGCCAUUGUGCUACUGUUAUAUCCUACUUUGUUCAAUGGAUUAUGAAAAAAAUAAUAACUACUAGUGAUGUAACAUCUUGGACAUUUUCCGUGUACGUUAGUAUGGAUAGUGAUCCAUGUGAAACUCUAUUGUCUGACAUGCGCAUACUUACACAGAUGUUCAUUAAUGCCCGUGCAACAAUUGUAUGUAAUUUUAUUGACAUACUUUAUUAAUUUUAACUUUGAUUUAUUUUAUUUUUUAAUAGGAAGACCAUUUGGACGUUUCAGCUUUACAAUAUAGUUGUUUAAUUAACUUGGUCUCUGAAAAAUUCAAACAACAUGAUCUCAGUGAUAUUAUUAACUAUAAGGAUCAUUAUUCUGGAAGCAAAGACAAAAAAUAAUUUGUAAUAAACAUUGGUUUAACUUCUUAAAAGUUUCUAAUGUAACUUUCAAUACGCUAUACUACAACUUUUUAAACAUUAAAUUUGUAUUAAGUUUAAAAUCUAUGAUAUAAUAUUUAUCUUUAUUUAUUUGAGUCUGUUUUAAAUAAUAUUAAUAUAUUUUUAUUAUCAUACUCACAUAACUAAUAAAUAAAUACUGAAAAAAUUAUAUAUAUUUUCACAAAAAAAAAAAAAAUACUUGUUUCAUAUAUUCAUUUCCUAGUUUUUUUUUUUUUUGUAUACAUUAACAUUUUAAAAAAAAUACAGGGUUAUAAUAUUAUAAUAGUAUUACUUAUUUUUUUUUCAAAAUAAAGACUAAAAUAAUAUUUUUAAUGUGUUAUUUAGUGCCGCAACAACAGAUUAUGUGGUAGAGAUGUGCAGUAGUUAUAUUAGGCCCCAACCAAAUAGUGCUGUUUUUUUUUUUUUUUUUUUGCUCUUGGGGGAAUGGAUUGAGAUGUGUAAAAAAGUCAUACUACUGAUAGGUACCACUGUUGUGGGUAAAAAGUUAAAAAGGUAUGAUAUAGAGGGAAAUUUAAUUUUUAUCUAUACGCAACGAUUAAUUAUUGCUACCAAAAACGAGAUUCUG